AUGGCUUCUGAGGGCGAUGUUAUCAAGAGCACCCCGGCAAUCAGUACUGCCAGUGAUGGCGCUGAUGACUCUGUCAAAGAUGGUCAGCUGGGAGUUGUGGAAGUCAACGUGUUGCAGGAGCGGACAAUUGGGCUCUUUGGAGCUGUUUCGCUUGUUGUGAAUAAGAUCAUUGGCGCAGGAAUAUUUUCCACUCCUAGCACAAUUUUCAAGCUGUCAGGAAGCGUAGGAAUGGCCUUGAUGUGCUGGGUCAUUGGCGCAAUCAUUUCAACAUGCGGUAUCUUUGUUAUGCUCGAAUUCGGCACAGCGAUUCCUAGAUCCGGCGGUAUCAAGAACUAUCUGGAACAGGUUUCCGCGAGUAACGCCAUUACCUUCUCUUCUUAUAUCCUAGUUGCGGCUGGCGUUGAUUCAACGACAUGGAAACUUCGCGGUGUCGCCAUUGCCGGCGCUAUUUUCUCUGUUGGAAUCCACACCGUUGCACCCCGGCAUCUCAGGAUAGAGAGUCCCCACAACUUCUCUAAUGCUUUCGAAGGCACGUCGAGUAGCGGUUACAACAUUGGCUCUGCCAUUCUCAACGUCAUCUUCUCCUUCCAAGGAUAUGACAACGUCAAUGCCGUCCUUUCUGAAGUUCGCAAUCCUCAGCGGACACUUAGAUUGGCUCUUCCCUUGUCUAUGGGCGUCAUCGCGGUGUUGUAUCUCUUGGCCAACGUCGCAUACUUUGCUGCUGUUCCUAAGGAAGCUUUCAUUGCUGCCAAGGUUACGGUUGCGGCAACUCUUUUUGAAAAUGUCUUUGGUCCCUCCGCCGGAGCCAAAGCACUGCCAGCACUUGUUGCUCUGUCUGCCCUUGGACAUCUUCUCGGGGUCGCCUUCACAAUCCCCCGCCUACUACAAGAACUUGCCAAGGACGGUGUUCUGCCCUUCUCCAACUUGUUCAUGGAGAACAGACCGUUUCGAACGCCAAUUUACGCUCUGCUCCUUCAUCUUGGUGUCACGAUUCUCUUCAUUUGCGCCCCGCCAGCCGGCGAUGCAUUCAACUUCGUGGUAUCGCUAUCCAGCUAUCCGACAACCGUCUUGUUGUUUGCCAUUACUGUCGGUUUAGUCAAGCUGCGCCUGACCGACCGCGCAAACUUCCACUCGCCCCUCCCCGCCCCCUGGAUUCUCAUCCUCAUCUAUCUUGCGGCAAACAUCGUGAGUCUUGCCAAGAUCUAA